UGUAUCAAAUCACUGAAUCUUAAAGAAAGAUAUGACGACACAGGCCUGACUACUUUGGCAACAGUUUGUGGCUUGAUAGCGAGGAAGUUAAAAGCUCUCUAUAAACCUGCGUUAAAAAGUGCUCUCUUAAGCUGUCACCAUGGGGUUUUUCAGCACCACCGGUCGUAUCAUCAUCGUUAUUCUCAACAUCGUAUUCGUGAUUGUAUCCUUCGUAAUGUUGGCAGCUGGAAUAGUUCUGAAAUUCUUUUCUGAUAACGCUUUUUUGAAAUCUGUUGAAGACGAGUUCAAAGCCGCCUUAAAGACUCUGAGCGACACCACAAAUGCCAAUAUCAACACUGAAGAGUUUUCCCUGAAUGAGGUUUUCGGCACGGUGGCGAUAGUACUUAUCGUCAUGGGCGCUUUCCUCUUGGGGGUGUCUUUCUUCGGCUGUUGUGGAGCUUGUUACAAAGUGCAGAUCCUCCUGAUAUUAUACGCCGUAGUCCUCAUCGUUCUCCUGCUCGGACAGCUGGUGAUGGUGAUCGUUUUAUACGCAUCUCCAGCGUUUAAGACUUUGGUAAAAGAAGAGCUUAAAGUAUCCCUAAAAAACUACAAAGGGUUGACAGGUGUCAAUGUGGAGUCUUUGAUCUGGAACGCCGCCAUGCAAGAUCUGAAAUGUUGUGGCGUGGAGAGUUAUGCUGAUUUCAAAACGUAUUCUCCUGACUGGGAUAGAACACCCAGCUUUGGAGGUGGUACAGUCGGUACUGAUCUUGAAUCUCCUAUUGCUUGCUGCAUGACGAUCCCUUCCACAGCUGGAUCGGUGGCUUGUGCAUUGACUCCAACCGCCACAAACAACUUCUUCACGGGAUGUUUCGAUAAGAUUUGGGAAAAAAUGUUUGACAGCCCUGUGAUGCUGGCCAUUGUUCUGACCGUGACGUUUGCCGUUCAGUUGCUUUUGAUCAUCUUCACAAUACUAAUGUACAGAGAAAACAAAAAGUCCAAAGUUGGAGUAAGAAGAUGAUGGAAUGGACUCGUGAUGACAAUAUUAGGAUCGACCAUACGUCUCAUCUCGGAUCAUUACCAGUGUUGAAUCUACACAAUUAACUUUCUACUCCCACUUGGUUCAUUUUACAAUUUUAAAUAGCUAUUUGCAAUCCCCUGCCCCUAUGAAGGAAUGAAGUACUGUUUUGUGUCAUAAAGCCCUUUCCCUUUGGAAAAAACAUCUGGAUCCGCCUCUAUGUAAUGUAAUCAAACAUUGUAAAAUCACAGUUAGUGGUUAUCAGCGCAUGUGCUGUUACCAUGAUUAAUAUUAAACUGGAACCCCCUUUCGAACUCGCUUCUCUCGUGUCCGAGGAGUGUUCAGGUGUGUGUAGCACCAAUCAGCGGGGUACCAGUACAGAUUGAGCGGGGUACCAGUUCAGAUUGAUAUUUCGUUAUUUUUUCGAUAUGACGUUUGGUUGCAAACAAAGACGACUAGUUUCUUAAAAUUAUAAGAGAUGCGAAUAUUUCUCGUUGUGUUAAUGGGUUUUUUCCCCCCAGAGAAUACUUCUAAAUUAAUACAAUAUAUACUAAGGAGGAUUUCAACAUCAAAAACUUGUUAUUUUCUUUUUCUUUUUGAUGAAUUAAAUAUCCAAUGAAUUCCAAACUGCCUCGUCGCAAGUGACUUUUACAUUACUGUCUCCGUUUACACUACGGUAGAGUAGUUACUGCCAGACUCGGUAACCGUGGCUAGCGACGAUGUCCAAACCGAUGAAAGUUAGGAUUUUUUUAUCAGGAUUUUUUUUUAUCAAUCAUUAAACAAAUAUUAACCAAUGUAAUUACAAUUUAAAUACCUGGAAAAAAAUCACCUUCUUUUCAUUUUCGCUUCAAACAAACCGAUGAAAGUUAAGAAAUGUUUAUCAAUCAUUUAACGAAUAAUAUAUACCAAUUGAUGCAAUUACUAUAAAUACCGGAAAAUAUUUGCCUCCAUUUUAUUUUCGCUUAUGAUUAACAUCCUUAUGGUAAUUUUUUUUUCGCGAUAUCAAUGCGAGUUAAAAUUUACUCAAAAGUCUAAUUUUUAGAUUUUUCUAUGUGGCUGGGCAAAAAUAAAAAUGGACGAAAUUUUUAUCCGUUCGCAUAUUCUAUAUAAAAUGUGUAUUACAGACUUGAUUGGGUUUCAUCAUCGAUAUUUCUUAUUACUUCUCAUUUGUAUUUGUUUUAAUAAACUUAUAUACGUUUAA